CGGUGACCCACUUACGCGGUCUGGACUGUACAAUGUCAUCGGCUUCGGUCAACAUCUGCAGCCAUAUCACGUGAUGCCACUCACCUCAUACAUAGAUCUACAGAUCUAGGCACCCGCCCAUGCAGGCAUGCGACGUCUCUGUUUGUGUGUCUGUGUGUCUGUAUGUGAGUGCACGGAGAUGCACGGUGCAGCACAGCAAUGUACACGGACAACAAAUACCAACCGGUUGUGUGGCUGUGGGAUGUGGGUAGUCCCGUCAGGCGCCACUCAGGCAUCUCCCCGAACGACAAAUAGUCCAUCGACAUCUCCAUGUACACAACUGACGUGCACUUACUUGUACGGACAGAACGGAAGUAAAGACAGCUAAUGGGCUGCACAAAUCGGGUAUGCACCAUCCAAGUGCGCGUCACACCAAAUGACGCACCAAAAAAUACUCACAAUGUCAUCAUCUCCCCCGACCCGACCCGACCCGACCCGACCCGACGCGCACUAGAGUCGGCCCAGACACCGCACCAUCCAUGUGUAUACAUAUAUCAAUCACACGGAGCACACACACGGCUGGUCGUCCUCGAUAACCUCACUCAUGCGCCUCUCCCCGAGCGUGCCCAUCCUGCUGUGUAUGUCAGGCACGCACAUCUGCAGCAGAUCGUCGAACGAGCGGCAGCCGAAAGCCUGGGGCGCGCGCGUCUCGCACAGGUCGCGACCACACAGCUGAGGGGCGGGCAGCAAGAAAGAAAUGAAGGAAGUCUGUCUGGUGUAUGUGAAGGUCUCUGCUGUGUGAGGUCGGUUACUUACCUUGUCGCCGACCAGCCACUCUUUGCCGAGCUUCCCUUGGCCCCAUCGGAUGAGGAAAUCGACUGUGGGCAUGCUGACGCCGACGAGUUGUGCGACGCCACGGGUGACCACCAGCCCAUAGGGAAGAUCGCUGUUCAGAUACCUGUACACAGACAGAUGUGGAUUGAGUUAGACGCUCACACAACACACAAGGCCGUCGUGUGUCUCUGUGCGGGCGGGUGGCUGACCUGUAGUCAAAGUUGGGCACGACCAUUCCGUCGCCCACAUCAACCACAGGAGAUGUCAGCGUGUCGUAACCUACACACACAUGAAGCACAUGGAGACACACAAUAUAUAAAUGAGCACACUGCCCUUAUGUCUCCCCCUCCCCCACAGCCACCUGGGUUGGUCUUGAUGCACGACAGCGUGGUGCUCUCGUCAGUUAUCUUGCCGUGGUAGUACUCGAUCGACGACUCGCGAGUCGUUUUGAUGGCCGACAGAUCCAACAACGGGCAGCGCUGUCAGUGACAACGUAUGCAUCAUUGUCAUUCUCACACGAUUGUGCUGCACCGUACCUGUUCGAGUGCGUGUCUGAGCUGUUGGUACUCAUCGUCGAGUCGCUCGAGCAUGUCAGCGGUGUCUUGGGUGAUGUCUUUGUAGAAAAGCGGCACCUUGGAGCGGGCGAAUGGCUUGCCGUCCCAUUCGGCUAUGCACACACAGAGGGAGGGGUCAUGGCCAUGAUGUUUGUCUCUCUGCGUGUGUCUGUGUGUGUCUGUUUGCGUACCGAAGUGUCCGUACAUGACGGCGGGAUGGACCCAGUUGCAUGGAGCGCUCAACGCCAUCGCCAGCAACGAGCCUGCAGCCAGCCACCAAGGGGACACCGCACACAACACGUGGACACACUCAACGUGCGUGUGUGUGUGUCAGCCCUCCCUCCCUCCCUCCCUCCCUCCGUGUGUCAGCCUGCCCAUGUGCCCACCGUGUGGUUCGAAGGGUAUGUCCAUGAGUUGCUGGAGUAUGCGGGCGACCUCCCGCCCCUCGCUCGACGGCGACACGGCGAUCUCCACCCCAUCCUUCUCCUCUAACACCUCCACACAACGACCGUACCUACACACACACACACACAGACACACACACACUCAAAAUACGGCAUGGACGUCGAUUCAUGUGUGGAUCGGUCCUUCGGUCAGCUGACUCGGUGGCCCUGCACGCCCAGGGCAAACACUGGAUCUCGGCGAAGACGAGUUGCUGUGCGUUUGGUCCGAAGACCGACGGCGGGACGCCCCACCAGGCGCCCUCUACCGCACACACCCACUGACCAGGCCUGACCCAAUAAGAUGAGUACGGAGGGAAAGUGUCUGGUGUGCCUACGGUUGUACAGCAUACCUGAAGUGCGGUGCCAUGGCUUCGAUCAUGGGCUGGUGGUACUUGGCGGGGAUCACGAUGAUCACCAAAUCGACAUAGGGCACCACCUAAACACACACACACAGAUACACAUGGAUUGACACACACAUGUGUGUGGUGCUUACGUCAGCAGGGUUGUGUGUGGCGGUGGUCGGUGUGCCUUUGACUUUGCGGUCGCCCUCGACGUAAUGCACUGUCACACCACCGGACUCUAUCCCACUCAACCACUGUAAAGGCACAUCACACACACAUACAGUCGUCGCAUUGUGGUGCAGUCCUCUCUCUCUCUCUCUCUGUGUGUGUGUGUGUGUGUGUCUAUGUACCUUGUCCACGUGUGGCGCUGCCGACACAAGCAGCGAUACGUCUGCAGACACGACCGAACACACGCGAAUCACCCUAUCAGACGGAUGCCCAUCUAUUUCUGUUUAUGCCUACCAUGUCCUUUGCUGGCAAACAGGCCAGCCAUGACAUGGCCGCCAUUGCCGCCACCCGCAACACAGAUACGCAACUUGGCCUUCGGCUUCCUGCAUGACGCAGACAAGGAGAGACAAUGUCAUUUUUCUGUGCUGAUGUUUUGUCCACUCAUACCUGAAUGAGCCCUUGGUCGUGGCUCUCGCCAUGUGAUCCGCAUCGGAACCCAGCAACUCGUCGUCACUGCGCCUGCAUACACGCACGCACAAAAGACACAGCGCAGCUGCCGAGCCAGUGCAUCUCGCCAGCUCAUAGGAGCUACCAUUUGUCGAGCGAUUCCAAUCUUGGUCUGUCAGAGGGCGUCGAUGUGUCCACGGUGGACUCGGAAGGCUUCCGAAAGGCCAUUUUUU